CUGAGUCUACAUAGACAAGAGGGCACGCUCAUGUUGUUGCGCGUAUGAGAAUCAAAAGUCAAAAUGGCGAGGUUUCUCAAACUUAGUUUAAGGAACAUUUUGGCCACACAGAUCAGGAUGUCGUCCGAUCAGCUUGGAGAACUGGGUAAAGGGGCUGGGAAGGGUGGAGGUGGUGGAGGUGCGGUGAGAGAGGCAGGAGGAGCUUUUGGUAAGAAGCAGGCCGCCGAAGAGGAGUUGUACUUCAAGAGAAAAGAGAAGGAACAAUUGGCUGCUCUUAGAAGGCACCACGAGGAAGAGAUCGACCACCACAAGAAGGAGAUCGAGAGGUUACAACAGGAGAUCAGUCGUCAUGAGGGCAAAAUCAAAAAACUUAAACAUGAUGACUAAGGCUCUUUGACAGAUCUAGAAACUUAUUUCAUAGACAAAUAAGUUUCCCCACACAGAGUUUAAAAGUUUUGACUUAUUGUAGAUGUUUUAUUUGAAAUAAGUAGUGAAAUCAUAUAAAAACUCUGUGAUCUCUGCACUUACUGAUAUAUUAAUAUCUGCCUUAUAAUAUCUGAUUGACUGACAUAAUAUCAUCUGUAUCAGUGAAGAUUCUCUUGUCAAUAAACUUGAAUUUGUGUCUCAAA